CUGCUGGAAGCAGAGCUCAAGAAUAGUUGGCUGGACUUCUCGAACAACAACCUUGAGGGAGAAAUACCAUCCAGCUUCGGCUCUCUUACUUCACUUCUUUCAUUGCAUUUAAACAAGAACAGGUUAUCUGGAGUGAUACCCACCUCUCUAAGCUCUUGCACCCAAUUGUGCUUACUUGAUCUUGGAGAGAAUCUUUUCAAGGGUUCUAUACCUGCAUGGAUAGGAAAUAGUCUAAAAUUACUUGAAAUGCUUAGGCUGCGAUCAAAUCAGUUCUCUGGAAAUAUUCCGGUUGGAUUGUCACAACUCCAAGAACUUCAGGUGUUGGAUCUUGCCAAUAACAAGCUCUCAGGGCCCCUCCCGCGAAGUAUUGGAAACUUCACCGGAAUGGCUUCAAAGAAACAAGAACCUAUUCUACCAUUGAUGGUUUUUGCUUUUGGUUCUUAUGGUGUUGCCUAUUAUAAUGAGAGUCUAUACAUUGCAACCAAAGGAGAAGAAAGAAUAUAUUCUAGGAUCCUUUAUCUGAUGAAGAGCGUUGACCUUUCUGGCAAUGAACUAACUGGAGAAAUUCCUAUUGAAAUUGGAGCUCUUGUGGAACUCAAGAACCUGAAUCUAUCAAGAAACCGCCUCAGCGGACAUAUCCCGGAGACAGUUAGCCGAAUGGGUUCGUUGGAGUCCCUGGAUCUCUCAUGGAACCAGCUUUCUGGUGUGAUUCCUCAGAGCAUGGCAUCACUACAUCUACUAAGCCAUCUCAACAUGUCUUACAACAAUCUCUCCGGGAAUAUACCUCCGGGUUCUCAGCUUCAAACUCUCGGUGAUGAAGAUCCAUACAUAUAUGCAGGCAACAGCGACCUCUGUAGCCCUCUUGUUUCUGAGAGCUGUGCUGGGAACAAGGAGAAACAAGCUGGUCAUGAAGAACACACAGAUAUCCACGAUGUCUUAUUGUAUGUAUUUUCAGGACUCGGCUUCGGAGUUAGAUUGGCAGCUGUAUGGUGGGUACUUAUAUUCAGCAAGGCAGUGAGCAUGGGCUACUUCCAGUUCAUCGACUCCAUAUGUGAGAAAAUCUGUGAUUGGAUGAUCCUACUGAAGAUAAAGGUGAACGUGAAAUUGAUGGGAAGAAACCAGAGCCCAGAACCAAGGUGAUUGAACUUGCUUGAACUACUGGCAAGAAGUGGAGUGAUGCAGUGAUGAUUGCUUCUCAAUAUGCAGAGCCUAUGCAUCCGUGAUGGUUAGGCAAGAAGGUGCCAUGCAUGAUCAAGAUGGAAGCUGACAGUGUCCAUGUACGAUGUGCAGUUUUCUUCGGUCUCAAAUUAUUUUCUGCGUGGAGUGUUGAAUCUUUGUAUCGCCUGUGUGCAAAAGAACUAUGUUGCGCAAAGUCUGAACUAUAGAUAUGAUGAUGCACUGAUAGCAGUCGGACUACUCGAUGCUUCUUAAUAUGUGAUUUGCAGUUGUGCUGUGGUUAGCAGUGGCAUUUGUUGUAAAGGUUCAAACAAGAAAUUCUGGAAGCCUUGAGCAGUUAUAUUGAUGGAAGAGGAAACAGGGACUACUGACUACUUGUAUGGCCACAUCAUCGCAGAGGAAUCAUCGAUAGGUGGUGGCGACGAUUGCGUCGAUGUGCAGCCAGCAGCACCUUCCGUUGUUUCAGGUCCACCCGCUUCAAACUUCAACCACACUACCAUACAGCAGAAUCCGUGCAUGUUCCCGUCUCUAGAUCAAAUGGUUAGCUCCUUGUGCAUAUAAUUAUAGAUUGCAAACCACUCGAUCAGAACACAGAGUAGACAGAUGGCUUUGGCUUGUGUUCAUUCCAUCCAUUUAUCUGACUAAAAAACUCCAUGUUGCCAACAUCGUCUAGUAACAAUUCUAUGCAUUCUGUACGGUGUAAUAACUUUGUGGAUUAUAAAACACACCCUUAAAGAUUGAUACGUGGUGACUGGUUGGAUUAGACUAAGCAUAGGAUUGUGGACUUGAAUGGUAUUUCAGUUUCAAUCAGGAACCAUUCCGAUGCUGAUAUCAGUUGAUUGUUGCUGACUUUGUACCAUGUGAUCUGGCAGUGUUACUUUUUCCUCCACGAGAAAAAAGUAUUAGAGAUUCCUACUACUGCAAAGCAAAUACACAUGAUUGGUGGUGUACUGUUGUGUGGAUAAAGCAUGAAGAUCGAUUUACAUAUUCAGUCAACUCCAAGUAUUACGUAUGUUCAGUUACAUAAUGUUUUGAUCAGAUUCUGAACAUCUGAUUCAGAGUUUGGCUUGUGCUAUGGACUAUUGUGAUAUGUUUUGAGAAAAGAAAAAAAAGAGGAGUUGUGUUUCUCAUGCAGUCCUUAUUCUUUCUGGUCUUCAACGGACACAAAUUGCACUGUUUGUUGGAGUCCCUUGAUCUCUCAUGGAAGAUGGAACCAACUUUCUGGAGUAAUUCCUCGGAGCAUGGCAUCACUGUACCUGGCAACAGACACCUCUGCAGCCCUCUUGUUCCUGAGAGCUGUUCUGAACACAAGGAGAAUCCAGUUGAUGAUGAAGAUCACGCAGAUGGCUAUGAAGUUUUCAGUUACGAGGCGCAGAGAAUGAUUCCAGUCCUCCUGAGCCCAGUCCUCUUCCUAGGCCGCGUCAUAUAUAGCCCAAUCUCCUCCAGUCUCAGGAGGCUGCAAACGAGCGCGGCUCAGCCCAGCCGAG